UCUGGUCACACUCACCGAACAGCUGUUCAGCCCGUGAAGUUGUGUACGCGGAAGAAAAGAUAGAUUCAAUUGGUCUCGAGGCCCGCAGCGAAAUAGUUUAUAACUCCGGACGCCAGGACUGCACUUGGCAGAGAGUCGUCGCGCAGCCAGCCAGCCAGUUGUUCCGAACCGCGAGAACGUCGAACGCCACACCGGGCCACAACACCAACGCACUGCCAAUAGUCCGACUACAACAACUCGAGUGUGCGCCCUGCAGCAACAACAACAACAAUACAGAGAGUUUCCGUGUGUUUUUCGCAUUUUUAGCAAUUUGUUGGCCAAAUAAAGUAGAAAUCGGAAUUCGCCCACGAAAGUGCCGCAAUUAGUGGUUAUAUAAAUGUAAGCCAAACAACGCGGCGUGCAAGAAACUAUGUGGAUUUGCUCGCAGAAAGUCGACAGCUCGCGCAGAACUAGUUAAUGCCCACGACCUCUCCAACUGGAACUCCGAGACAGUAGCGAUCCCCAUUAGCAUUUCUUUUGUGGAUUAGGCCGCGCGUGUCAACCGUUUGCCAGCCAGCCAGUCACCAAGCGAUCGACACACCGAUCCCUCGCCGCCAAAGCAAGCCAGCCAAGAUUGGCCAGAUCUGGACGGGAUUCGGACGCGCCGCAGCCAUGAUUGGACGUUUGUUUCGCGCCCACGGCGAGUUCUGCGCCUCGCAUCCCUGGGAGGUCAUCGUGGCCCUGCUGACCAUCACGGCCUGCAUGCUGACGGUGGACAAGAACAACACCCUGGAUGCGAGCAGUGGCCUGGGAACGGCCACAGCCUCAGCGGCGGCCACGGCAGGAGCUAGUGGAUCUGGAGGAGCAGCAAUGCCACCACCCACUGUGGGCGGAGGAUCGGCCACCUCCAGCCGGCACAGGCCCUGCCACGGGUGGAGCCAAUCCUGCGAUGGCCUGGAGGCCGAGUACAAUGCCGCCGACGUCAUCCUGAUGACCAUCGUCCGCUGCACCGCCGUGCUGUACUGCUACUACCAGUUCUGCAGCCUCCAUCGCCUGGGCUCUAAAUAUGUGCUGGGCAUCGCCGGCCUCUUCACGGUCUUCUCCAGCUUCAUCUUCACGACGGCCAUCAUCAAGUUCCUGGGCAGCGACAUCUCCGAACUAAAGGACGCCCUGUUCUUCCUGCUGCUGGUCAUCGACCUGUCCAACUCUGGCCGACUGGCCCAGCUAGCCCUUUCGGGUAGCAACCAGGCGGAGGUGACUCAGAACAUUGCCCGGGGGCUAGAGCUCUUGGGACCCGCCAUUUCGCUGGACACCAUUGUGGAGGUACUGCUGGUGGGAGUGGGCACUCUGUCAGGAGUCCAACGCCUAGAGGUGCUCUGCAUGUUCGCCGUGCUCUCGGUGCUGGUCAACUAUGUGGUCUUCAUGACCUUCUACCCCGCCUGCCUGUCGCUGAUCUUUGACCUUUCCCGUUCCGGCGUCGACAUGUCCGUGGUGCGGGAGAAGGCGAAGGGUUCGCUGCUCCUCAAAUCCCUCACCGAGGAGGAGCAGAAGGCCAAUCCGGUGCUGCAGCGCGUCAAGCUGAUCAUGACCACCGGCCUGAUGGCCGUGCACAUCUACAGCCGCGUGGCCUUCUCCGGCAGCGAUUACGACUCCGUGGACAAGACUCUGUCACCCACUCUCAGCCUGAAUGUGAGCAACAAUCGUACUGAAUCCGGUGAGAUCACCGACAUCAUCAUCAAGUGGCUCACCAUGAGUGCCGAUCACAUAGUAAUCUCCAUCGUUCUCAUCGCCUUGGUGGUGAAGUUUAUUUGCUUCGACAAUCGCGAUCCCCUGCCGGAUCAGCUGCGUCCAUCGGGUCCAGUGGCCAUCGCCGCCAAGGCCUCACAAACCACGCCCAUUGAGGAGGAGCAGGAUGGGCAGAAAAAGCUGGCGGAGGUCAGUGCAGCUCCAGCUGCAGUCCGUACACCACUGUUCACCAUUGAGGAGCAGAGUUCAGUCAAUGCUUCGACACAAACGGAGCUACUUCCGCUGCGCCAUCGACUGGUGGGUCCUGUCAGGCCACCUCGUCCUCUCCAGGAAUGCCUAGAUAUCCUGAACUCCACUGAGGAUGGCAGUGGACCCUCGUCUUUGAGUGACGAGGAGAUCGUGUCCAUUGUCCACGCUGGAGGCCCUCACUGUCCGCUCUACAAGAUCGAGUCCGUGCUGGACGACCCCGAGAGGGGCGUGCGAAUCCGCCGACAGAUCAUUGCCAGUCGCGCCAAGAUGCCGGUGGGCCGGCUGGAUGUCUUGCCUUAUGAACACUUUGACUACCGCCGUGUGCUCAACGCCUGCUGCGAAAACGUCCUGGGUUACGUGCCCAUUCCUGUGGGAUAUGCCGGCCCACUGCUGCUGGACGGAGAGACGUACUAUGUGCCUAUGGCCACCACCGAGGGAGCUCUGGUGGCAUCCACGAAUCGUGGCUGCAAGGCGCUCUCCGUUCGUGGUGUUCGAUCUGUCGUGGAGGAUGUGGGCAUGACCCGGGCACCGUGUGUAAGAUUCCCCAGUGUUGCCCGUGCAGCUGAGGCGAAGUCCUGGAUAGAAAACGAAGUUAACUACCAGCUGGUGAAGACGGAGUUCGAUUCCACGUCACGAUUUGGUCGCCUGAAGGAUUGCCACAUUGCCAUGGAUGGACCGCAGCUGUACAUUCGCUUUGUGGCCAUCACUGGCGACGCCAUGGGCAUGAACAUGGUGUCCAAGGGCGCCGAGAUGGCCCUGCGCCGCAUCAAGCGCCAGUUCCCGGAUAUGCAGAUCAUCUCGCUGAGUGGGAACUUCUGCUGUGACAAGAAACCGGCUGCCAUCAACUGGAUCAAGGGACGUGGCAAGCGGGUGGUCACCGAGUGCACCAUUUCGGCGGCCACACUGCGCUCCGUGCUGAAGACGGAUGCGAAGACACUGGUGGAGUGCAACAAGCUGAAGAAUAUGGGAGGCAGCGCCAUGGCCGGCAGUAUUGGUGGCAACAAUGCCCAUGCCGCCAACAUGGUCACCGCCGUCUUCCUGGCCACGGGGCAGGAUCCCGCCCAGAACGUCACCUCGAGCAACUGCUCCACGGCCAUGGAGUGUUGGGUGGAGAACAGCGAAGACCUGUACAUGACCUGCACAAUGCCCUCGCUGGAGGUGGGCACCGUGGGCGGAGGCACCGGUCUGCCCGGCCAGAGCGCCUGCCUGGAAAUGCUCGGCGUUCGCGGAGCACAUGCCACCCGGCCAGGAGACAAUGCCAAGAAGCUGGCCCAGAUCGUCUGCGCCACGGUCAUGGCCGGUGAACUGAGCCUGAUGGCGGCGCUGGUCAACAGCGAUCUAGUCAAGAGUCACAUGCGUCACAAUCGCUCCUCUAUCGCCGUGAGCAGCGCCAACAAUCCCCUCAACGUGACCGUGUCCAGCUGCAGCACCAUCAGCUAAGAUCGGGCGCUGCAGGGGCGCCGCCUUCUACCCUUUUGUACAUAGAGAGUCUCUUACCGGGCAGGCCAGGCGUUGCAACUCAUUUCUUUAGGUGUUACCUUGUAGUUGAAUGUUUCACGAAUUGCUUGAUAAAUAACCUGAUUGGCCUGGCCAAGGAACCGAACA